UCUCUCCCCCUCUUUCUCUCAUCCUCAAGCUCGCUCGCUCGCGCGCUCUCUCUCUCGACUAUGGAGAUAGGAGAUUCUGUUCUCUCUCAAUCAUUACAACCCACAUUCUGCUUCUUGUUCUUCUCCUUCACACUCUCAUUCACUAUCUUCUCUCUAUUACUCUUCGCACUAAGUCUCCUCAAGCCACACUGUGCCUGCGAAAUCUGCCGUAGCUACCUCUCCCGGAGCUGGUCGCCGGAGUUCGACAAUCUCGCCGAUUGGUACACUCACCUUCUCCGAAAAUCCCCAACCAAUACAAUCCACAUUCACGUCCUCAACAAUACCAUCACGGCUAACCCAGAAAAUGUCGAGCACAUUCUCAAAACUCAGUUCGAAAAUUACCCGAAAGGAAGGCUAUUCUCUGCAAUUCUCGGCGAUCUUCUGGGCAAGGGAAUCUUCAACGUUGACGGCGAUUCUUGGAAAUUCCAGAGGAAAAUGGCGAGUCUUGAAAUGGGUAGCGUCUCGAUUCGAUCGUACGCUUUUGAUAUUGUCGGGUCAGAGAUUCAGUCCAAUCUCAUUCCUCUGUUUUCCUCUGUUUCUUGGGAAAAAGACUCUGUUUUGGAUUUACAACAAGUGUUUCAAAGAUUUUCUUUCGAUACCAUUUUUCGAUUCUCACUUGGGUUGGACCCCAAUACCCUCCAAUUGUCAUUACCCAUCUCUGAUUUCGUAAUGGCCUUCGAUCUUGCGUCGAAAUUAUCGGCAGAGCGAGCAAUGAGCGUUUCCCCAUUGAUAUGGAAAGUUAAAAAGGUACUAAACCUAGGGUCAGAGAAAAAGCUGAAAAAAUCCAUUGAAGUAGUAAAAUCCCUCGCCCAAGAAGUGAUCGAAAACAGGCGAAAAAUGGGAGUUUCGACACAAAAUGACCUCCUUUCGAGGUUCAUGAGUUCUAUAAACGAUGAUGCAUACAUCAUAGACAUUGUCAUUAGCUUCUUAUUGGCUGGCCGUGACACGGUGGCAUCGGCAUUGACCGGUUUCUUCUGGUUGCUGAGUCAGCACCCAGAGGUCGAGAAGGCGAUCCGCGAGGAGUCGGACCGAGUCAUGGGUCCGACUAAGGAACUAGCGAGCUUAGUGCAAAUGAGAGAGAUGCAUUACUUACAGGCUGCAAUGUACGAGACUAUGAGACUCCACCCGCCAGUGCAAUUUGAUUCGAAAUUUUGCGAAGACGACGACAUUUUACCAGACCACACUUUUGUUCCAAAAGGCACUCGGAUUACGUACCAUCCGUACGCGAUGGGCCGGAUGGAGCGGGUUUGGGGCCCAGAUUGUUUUGACUUCAAGCCGGAGAGAUGGUUGCAGGGCGGAGUUUUUUGCCCUGUUAGCCCCUUCAAGUACCCGGUUUUUCAAGCCGGGCCGAGGGUUUGUUUGGGCAAGGAAAUAGCACUUUUGGAGAUGAAGAGUGUCGCUCUUUCGUUGGUCGGCAGGUUUGAUAUAAGAGUAGCGAUGCCAGAAAAAGCACUACGAUUUAUGCCUGGUCUGACCGCCACCGUGAGGGGCGGUCUUCCAGUAAUUAUUCAAGAGCGAAAGCGAUAAUCUGAUUGCCACUUUUUGACGAUCCUUUUUUGCUCUUGAGCUAUUUGUCUAUUUAACUGCCACUUUUCUGGCGGUAACAAUGUUCCUUAGCAAAGGUAAAUGGUAGAUGGGUUAUGUACUGGGGUAAAAUGGUGUGAAUAGUAUUUAUUUGAUUUUCAUUUUUUGUGUAUUUCAAUCGUUUUUCCUAUUAUUAAAUAAGAAAAAUAAAUUAUAAAUGUUGUAAA